AGGAGGAGGAGGAGCAGGAGGUAGGACACUUUUUAUCAGGCAGCAGCGGCAGCAGCAGCGGCAGCAGCAGCGGCAGCCUCCCUCCGCCACCUUUCCCGACCCCUUCCCCGCAUCUCCCCCGCCUCCUUUUCCCCAGCCAGGGGAGGGGGCUGCUGCUGCAGGCAGGGGCAGCUGCGGGGCUCCGGGAAGGAGGCAAGUGCCGCCACUGCCGCGUUCGUUCUCCCUCCCUCCUUCCUUCCCUCCCUCCUUCCUUCUCUCCUUCUCCGCUCCUCUCUUGCUCCGGAGUUCUCGCCGGGGUGUCAGGAGUGGAGAUGCAGCCGCUGCGGCAGCAGCUCCGGAGCCGGGGCCGGGGAAUCCCGGAGAGCCGGGGAGGAGCCGCAGUCCCCGCCGCCGCCGCCAGACAGACUGAAAGUCCCUGGGAAAGUGAAAGGGGGAGGGGGAGGGAGGCCCAAGUUUAAGGUCUCCGACUCUUAAAGAGACAAGACACUUCAGUCUCAGUGCGUCCCCAGCGGUCAGCCCGGGCCCUCGGGCCCUCCCACGCCUCUUCUCUGGGUUUGCACGCCCCGGGGGCAUCUCUCCCAGCGCACCCGCCCCUGGGUCUCGGGCCGGGAAGGCUGCGGCUCCAGCGCGGCCCCCUCCUGACUGUCUGGCCCGGCUUGAGCCUGUCUGCAGCCCUCCCCUCUCCACUCCCCCGCCUCAGUCUUCCCACCGGUCCUCGGUCCUUAAGAGGGAGGGGGCGGUUGCAGGAUAAUCUGUAUUUACAACAUCAAGGUGCCAUCUUCCAUUUGGGUCAGUUUCAGGAUGUAUGCAAUUUGUAAGGAUAUGUAUUGGCAUGGGGACUUCAGUGACUGAGUUACGGAGAAUCAAUCAGGAAAUGGGAAGUGAUGAAGCAAACCUGGAAGUGAGAGUGCCUGAGGGGAAAGACAAGCCCAAGAGAGAAGACAAGGCAGAAAGCAAUUGAACAUCCCAAGUGGCUGAGACCCAGGGAAAAGAUGCUGACUACAGAAUGGUUCAUUAGAACUCCAUUUUAGAAAGGGAAACAGACUCAGCAGGACAACUUCCGUGGCUUCCAGAUUCACCAUGGCCCCAAUUCUCUGGUUGGACGGCUGAAGUCACUGUGUGUCCAAUACUUGCUUUUUGUCUUUGGCUGGUCUCCUGGUACCAUCUGCUCACAGGAUCUGGUGGGAAUCAUAUGCUACAAAAGGUUGGAAUCCGGAGAGAGAUGGACUCCGACAAGCUAAAAUGGAAGUAACUUGACAGCUUCAGUCCCUACCGUUGCCUCUUGUAAGGACAAGUUAAGAGUGGGAACACAAACGUGUCUGGGAGAGCAGUAUGCAGGAAGCUGGUUUUCAGGCCACAAACGCUUUCACAGAGUGCAAAUUCACCUGCACCAGUGGUAAAUGCUUGUAUCUUGGCUCCUUGGUCUGUAACCAACAGAACGAUUGUGGGGAUAACAGUGAUGAAGAGAAUUGUCUGCUGGUAACCGAACAUCCUCCUCCUGGUAUCUUCAACUCUGAACUGGAGUUUGUCCAGAUCAUUAUCAUCAUUGUUGUGAUCACGGUGAUGGUUGUGGUGAUCAUUUGUUUGUUGAAUCACUACAAGCUCUCCACACGGUCGUUCAUCAAUCGGCAGAGUCAAAACAGGAGGCAAGAAGACACUUUGCAGCAGGAAGGGUGCUUGUGGCCUUCAGACAGCUCAGUGCCUCGACAGGCUGCUUCAGAGAUUAUGUAUGCCCCCCGGACUAGGGACAGAUUUACUGCCCCAUCGUUUAUGCAGAGGGACCGUUUUAGCCGCUUCCAGCCCACCUACCCUUAUGUACAGCACGAGAUUGAUCUUCCUCCCACAAUCUCCCUUUCUGAUGGGGAGGAGCCCCCACCAUACCAGGGACCCUGUACCCUGCAGCUUCGGGAUCCUGAACAACAGAUGGAACUCAAUCGAGAAUCUGUCAGGGCCCCACCCAACCGAACUAUAUUUGACAGUGAUUUGAUAGAUAUUUCUAUGUACAAUGGGGGCCCAUGCCCACCAAGCAGCAAUUCGGGCAUAAGUGCAACCAACUGUAGCAGUAAUGGAAGGAUGGAAGGACCACCCCCAACUUACAGUGAGGUGAUGGGUCAUUACCCUGGCUCCUCCUUUUUCCAUCACCAGCACAGCAACACCCAGAGAGGAAGCAGACUUCAGUUACAGCAGAACAAUUCAGAGAGCACAAUAGUACCUAUCAAAGGCAAAGACAGGAAACCUGGGAACCUUGUCUGAUUUACUCCUCUCAGCACUUGGACAGAAGAGAAGAGAAACCAAUAGGAGAGGGCAGCCCAUCCAGGCCUGCCUCCUAUGCACAAUGUUUUGAAGUUUUACAUGGUACACCUGAGUAAAACCAAAUGUGCAAACGU